AUGCCUCUCCCUCAACUCCUAGUAGGCAAAGUCGCCGCAAUCACAGGCGGAUUAACAGGAAUUGGCAGGGCCAUCACCCUGGAAUACCUCCGCCAUGGCGCAAAAGUAGCCAUCAACCACCUGGGCGGGCCGAAAGAGGAGCCCCUCCUCGAAGCCCUGCAAAAGGACGUCUCCGAGAUCACCGGUGCCGACUCACACAGCUUCAUCGCCGUCCCGGGGGAUGUCACGCAGCCUGAAACAGGACGCGACUUCGUCGCCAGGACGGUCGCUGCCUUCGGCCGACUGGACAUCUUCGUAAGCAACGCUGGCGUGUGCAAAUUCGCCGAGUUCCUGGAAGUUGAUCCUCCCCUCCUCGGCCACACGGUAAAUACCAAUCUCUCUGGAGCCUUUUAUGCUACGCAGGCGGCGGCACGACAGAUGGCACUGGAGCAGUCGCCGCCCGGCGGGUCUAUUAUCGGAAUAAGUUCUAUCUCGGCGCUCGUGGGUGGCGGUCAGCAGACGCAUUAUACGCCUACUAAGGCUGGGGUUUUGAGUCUUAUGCAGUCUUGUGCGGUUGCGCUGGGGAAAUAUAAUAUUCGGUGUAACGCGCUGUUGCCGGGAACUAUUCGGACGCAGCUAAAUGAUGAGGAUAUGAGUGAUCCUGUCAAGAGGGAGUAUAUGGAGGGGAGGAUCCCUCUUGGGAGGCUUGGGCAGCCGCCGGAUUUGGCGGGGCCGGCGGUAUUUUUGGCUUGUGAGGAGUUGAGUAGUUAUGUGACUGGUGCACAGCUUCUUGUGGAUGGCGGGGCUUUUGUAAAUCUUCAGUAG